UUCAGUUGCGUUGGUAUUUUUGGUUUAGCUGCUUUCCGCGACCCGGCGUGAAUGCGCCGGACGGAAAGCACACGAGUGGAAGCGAGUUCUUGAAGGUGGAGCGGUUCCUCGAAAGGCCACGCCGACCCCUUCCACCUCGCAGCCCAUUCUCCGCCUCGAUGGAUUCAAGGGGAGAGGAGGCCGGCGUGAAUCCGCCGGACGGGACACGCCCGGACAUCUACGAGCUCUUCUGCCAUUACAACGCCCUCUACUUCCGCGACGCCCUCGGCGCCUGUGCCCUCUCCUGGGCCUCCUCCUCGCCUUACCCCAGCUAUGCUGCCUACUGUCACUAUUAUGAUGGUGGCGGUUGUGAGAUACACCUGUCUAAGCCCUUGUUGAAGACCUGCACUGCUUCUGAUCUUAAAAAUGUUUUACUACAUGAGAUGAUUCAUGCUUUCCUCUGGAUUGAGUACAAUAACAAGGAUCACAGUGACCAUGGUCCAAGUUUCCAGGAUAUGAUGAAUUCAAUAAACUCCAACUCGGUUAUAGAUCCUCAGAGACCGAUAGGAGGAUACAACAUCACGAUCGAUCAUGGGUUUCAGAAGGACCAUAAUGAUGAUGGAGUUCACCAAUGGAUUUGUGAACUGUGUGGUGAGGUAAUCUUGUCAACCACAAAUAGAGGACCUUCAGCCGAUGACUGCAUCGAAAAUGUGGGGCCUGAUGCAUUUUGUGACAACCCAUUAUGUCACUGGCAUAGCCAUAACAAGCAGUGCAGUGGUAGAUACUCUAAAUGUGGGCCACCUGAAUGUUACGGUGACAAAACUAGUUCAAGAGGCAAACAAGAGUGUCAUGAGAACAGGACUGAAAAAUUGCCCCAUCUAGCUGGACAGACCAAACAAAGAUUACAUAAAACAGGACAAAAGAAGGAUAAGCACAAUGGCCAAAAAAAUAAUUUAGCCAAGUAUUUGCUGCCUUCAGGUGAUGCAACUCAAAGUUCAGCGAAUACUUCUUCCUCUAGAGAUGAUUCUUGCAAGGAAAUUAAUUUUGAACAGUUGAAACGCAACCCAGAAAUGCAGUGCACUGUGGCAGCAGGAGGCCGUAAACGAAGAAAAAAAUGUGUUUCCAAGAAGCAUGUUUCUACUCGCCCAAAAAGAAGAAAGCUGACAAGAUGUGACAACAAAUGCACAGUUGUAAUUGAAUGGUUGGGCUUAUUCGAAGAUGAGGAAGCUGAAGAUGACUCAGAACCUCUGGUAAAUAAAAGGUCAGAGAGGAGGAAGAAGCAAAAGCUACUGAGUGGUAUUAAGGAUUGAAAUGCGCAAACUGAAGUUAUCUAUCAUGCCACCUCCUUUCAGAUGGGUUGCAGCAGAGAUGACAGAGAUAAACAUGCUAUAGAUGAGCAAGAGAGACAUCUGAUUUUGAGCAACAAUCAUCUGACAGGAAGCCUUGAAAUACAUGCUAAGGACUGGCACACCAUGAAAGCUGCAUCCAAAGAUGAGAUUGGUUGCCUUCCCAACCGGCUGAUGAUGUGCUCCCAGAAUGCAGUGUAACUGGAUAUAUGGAUGUUAAGAUGUAUGAUGACUCCUUCGAAAUCACUGGUUAUUGUGGAUAUCUCAGAUGGCUAGUGGCAUAAAUUUCCUCCGAA